AUGGCUUCGUCUGCUACUCCCAAUCCUCAUAGUUAUGAUGUGUUCUUGAGUUUCAGAGGUGAAGACACUCGCAAGAAUUUUACUGAUCAUCUUUAUAACACUUUGGUUGCAUAUGGAAUUCACACCUUCAGAGAUGAUGAAGAACUUUUGAAAGGAGAGGACAUCAAAUCGGGUCUGUCCAGAGCUAUCGAAGGAUCGAAGAUUUUUAUUAUUAUUUUCUCAGAGAACUAUGCUACUUCCAAGUGGUGUUUAAAUGAACUCGCAAUGAUCAUCGAGUAUACAAAUCUAGAGGACAAUAAGGUUAUACCGGUCUUCUACCAUGUCAAGCCUUCAGAUGUAGGACACCAAUCGGAAAGCUUUGAGUCGCGUUUUUCAACCAUGAGAAAGAUGCAGAUCAAGAGAAGAAGGAGCUAA